AUGAAAUCAUAUCUUCAAGCCUAUGAUUUGUGGAAAGUUGUAGCGGAAGAUACACCAUUACAAACACUCCCUGAAAACCCUCCCCUUGCUCAAAUUAAAUCUCAUUCAGAUCAAAAGUUUAAAAAAUUCAAAGCCAAAACAGUAAUUCAAAAUUCAGUUGCGGAUUCGAUUCUUUCUAAAAUCAUUGCUUGUGAGACAGCAAAUGAAGCUUGGGACAAAUUAAAAAAAGAAUAUCAAGGAAGUGAUCGAGUUAGACAAAUACAAAUUUUGAGUCUGAAAAGGGAUUUUGAAUAUCUUUGGAUGCAAGAGGAUGAAACUAUUGCUAAGUAUUUUGACAAGAUUUCUUCGUUUGUCAGUAAAAUUAGGUUUCUUGGCGAGGAUUUCAAAGAUGACAAAAUAGUAGAAAAAAUUCUUAUGACAAUUCCGGAGAGAUUCAAAUCUAAAAUUUCAUCUUUGGAAGAGUCUAAAGAUCUAUCUACUAUCUCUGUUGAAGAACUAAUUAGUGCUCUUCAAGCACAUGAGCAAAGAAAGCCUUCAGAAAAGACAAUGUUAUUGAGAGUGCCAUUUAUGCAUAAAACAACAAAGGAAAAG